ACUAGCAACUAGCUAAUCAGUGUUUAGUUGAGUAGAGCUUAACUUCAGGGAGGUUAAACUGCACAGUUAUCAUCUUAAACACAUGAUGAUAAACUUGAUUUGAUCAACUCUUGCAAAUAGGAAGAAACAGGAAUUUUGCUUUUCAAAUGCUUGAUGGUAGAUAAAAAUUACUGUAGACUUGCUCAAGAGAGUGAUGUUGAAUGUUUAGUUGAACAGAAAAGGAUAUUAAAACAUGGAGGAUGAAGAUGUAAAACAGUAUCUGGAUCGGGUAGAGAGGAUCGCUCAAUGCCCAGUGUGCCUGGAGUUGGUCAGAGCACCAAUCGUCUUGUGUGUCAACGGACACGUAACUUGCGGCCAGUGUAGGAACAAUGCUGCCAACUGCCAUGUGUGUCGUCAACCGUUCAGUAAUGUCUCUCCCAGGGUCGUGGAGGAGCUGCUGUCAGUGUUGCCACAGCUCUGUCCUAAUGAAAUGUGUGGGGUUGUUACUAUAUUGGAUAAUCACUCCAAGUAUUGUGUUUACAGACAGAUAAAGUGUAGAAUUGCCAAUUGUCAAUGGUCUGGAGCCAUCAUCGAGUGGUUUGAACACAUCAACAUCCAUACCUCUAACAUAGCUGAAUACCGACUAAAUGUGGUCAUUACACACUUGAGAAUCUUCAGUUUCCCAGGCAUUUGGAAAUGUGUGUAUUACAAUCAUGUAGUUGAAGACCAAUAUUUGAUUAUGAAAUGUUGGAAGAAAGGAAAUUAUCUGUAUCACAGCUUCAGACAUGUUAUGUGUGAGAGAUCUAGUGUCGAGUACAGAGUUAUAGUUGAGUACAAGCGAGGUCAGCAAACUAUGUAUAGAACUUUGAUCGAAGUCUUGCCAUAUGAGGAUGAUGAGUCCAUGGAGAACAACGCAGCGGUUUUUCCUAUUGACGAAUUAGAGGAACUGGUUGAUGGGGAUGGCGAUUUGCCAAUCUUUAUCACAGUAAAAGCUCUUUCUUCUAAGGGAGGGUAAAAUAACUGUGUGAAAUUUGUUGUGGAAUAUUUGUAUAAGAAAUAAAAUAACACAAGCGAGGAUUUUUUCAUCAUUUUAUGAGCAUAUAUGCAUUAUAAUUAUAUUAAUCAGAGGUAUAGCAUAUCAACAGAUUUUCUUGUUUAGUAUUCAAUUAAAUAACCUUGGGAAAUGUUUAGCUAUAAGGUAAAAAAGAAUAUACAGUAAAUAAAAUUUUUUCUUGA